AUGAAGGCGACCCUCAAAGCAUGCUAUACCUGCAGAAUACGCAAAGUUCGGUGUGGAGGACCUACGCCAGUGCCAGGAGCCAAGGAUGGCUUGCCCUCAAAGUGCGCCAACUGCCGGAGGCUUGAGUUCCAAUGCCAAUGGAAGCCACCAGAGAUUGGAGAGAGCUAUGUGCCCCCGCCGAAACGAAGACGGGCAAUAGGGCAGCGGCGGCCACGAUCACUAGCGAAAACCUCAAAAUCCCCUUCUGUAGCAAAUAGUCCCAACCCGGAAUCAGUUGCAAACGACAAGUGUUCGGCUUCCGACAUUCCAUUGUCUCAAGGUGUCCAAGAGCGUCCGCUCGACAAAGAUGGCUGUGAUCCAAGUCAACCUUUUAGUCCUUCUGUCUACCAAACAGGCGCCUUUGAACUAGACUUCAAAUUUGAAAGCGAGUGUUUGGCUUUCAAUCUUACAGGAGAGGGCUUGGACGAUUUCUUUCCUUUUUCAAAUACAGACACCUCGCUUCUCAACCUAUCUGACCCCUUAGCUGUUAUCUCAACCUCCACAUGGCAGCCAAACAAUGACGCUGAUCGCAUCAUUCGUCCCGGCUUUCAAUCUCAGAGCACUGGAGACGUGCCGUCCGUUAUCAAUGAUGACAAUCGUCAUCUAAUUCAGCACUAUCUCGAGGUCAUGAAAGGGUACUCGAAGGUGGAUGAUCGUCCCAAGGAGUCAAAUAAUCUCUUCAUCUCAGCAUUUACUCAGUCCCUGACUUUUCCGCCCCUUCUUUACGCUAUUUUGGCGUUUUCUGCAUCCCAUCUAUCAAUAAAAGACCCGCUCUGCUUUGAGCAAGCCAACAAAUUCAACAAACUUGCAGAAGAAACCUUCCACGAACACAAGAAUCUCCAGGGCACAGAUAUCGCCAGCCUCCUCGGUGCUCUUUUCGUCCGCAUUAAACAAGUGCAUGUUAUGGGUGGCUGCGUUGACGACUUUUUUGAUCUCAUCGCAGCCGCAGUCGACAUCGUGUCAACAAACGCUGGAGAAAAAGCACUUGCAGAUCCCAACAGUCUAGUGCGACGUAUCGUCUUGCGGCUUGCUCUUCUAGAUUCACGGGCUACCUGCUUUGGACUAGGAGGCGGUCAGCUUGUGAGGCUGCUCCGGCAGUCACCUGCGUUGUCGUCUGUUUUUAACUUUCACGCCUCUGAUUCCUCUACUCCCUCAUAUAGCGCAGCCAUGAAUUUGCUUCGAGCAGAUAUUCUUCGCAACCGAAUCGGCGAACUUGAUACAAGACUCCAGGAACAGUUGCAGGCAGAGUUCUUAACGGGUCCACCCAUACGGAUGGACUAUGUCAAGUCUCUGUACGACGAUAUUCAGCGUGAACUUGAUCGCUGCGAUCACGAGGCACUAUAUUCUUGUAAAGGACUGGAACCGAAUCAUGCAAUGGGCGAAGUCCUUGAGUCGGCUCAAUACAAUUAUUAUGCUGUAUCCUCGGCGCUUCACUCAGCGCUUCUUUACCUCUAUUGGGUAUAUCCAUUACCAUGCGUCAACACUCAUACCUCCGUUUCAAAGAUUCUACAGUAUCAACUGAAGAUUCAGCAAGACCCCUCUCGAGCCAACACCCCUACUUCGAUACUGCCGUCUUCGCUGUUCCUGGCCGGCCUGUCCACCACUGACCCCAUCCAUCGCGACUGGGUGCUCAGAUCCUUGAAAGAAGGAGAACAAUGGGGCCUGUAUAUACGGAAGACAAGGAAAUUGCUGGAUGCAGUAUUCAAGAUGCAAGUUGCAGGUCAAAAAGUUGACGUCCGUCAUGUAAUGGACCAAGUUACGGGCAAAUUCUUCAUAUAA